CCUCACUAAACAAACCAAAACCAGCACACUGCCGGAGAUGAACUACACGGCGUCGUUUUUCCCUGCUGCUUUCAUCUCCUCCUCCUCCUCCUCAGCAGCAGCAAACUCAUCCGCUACGACGACCGUGGCGGAGGACUACGACCAUCAACACGCGUUGACCGUCGUCGGCGGAGGAGGAAGACUGAUGACGGAUCGGUCGACGGCGGAGGAGGAUAAGGAGAAGAAGAAGGAAAUGAUGAUGGGCGGUGGGCAGAAGAAGGCAGAGAGUAGUAAGAAGACGACGAAGAAGAAGAAGGGCAAUAAUAAUAAGUAUGCGUUUCAGACGAGGAGCCAAGUGGACAUACUCGACGACGGCUACCGCUGGAGGAAGUACGGCCAGAAAGCCGUCAAGAACAACAACUUCCCCAGAAGCUACUACAGGUGCACAUACCAAGGGUGCAGUGUGAAGAAACAAGUGCAACGACUGACGACAGAUGAAGGUGUGGUGGUGACAACCUACGAAGGAGUGCAUUCCCACCCAAUUGAAAAGUCCAUGGACAACUUCGAGCAUAUCUUGAAUCAGAUGCAUCUCUAUGCGAAUGUUUGAAUUAUAUAAUUAUUCGCUCCAUCAACCAUAUUUGUACAUUAGUUAUUAUCGUUACAUGCACCAACGUCAUCAUUUUUUUUUUAACCUUCCAUCUCCAGGGGCUUCUCCUCUUCAUAUAUAAUUUUGAGUUGGUGGGAAAGCCUCCAUAUCAAUGAUCGCUUAGAACAUUAGUGUAAUAUGUCUUAGUUGCAGGUAUGAUAAAAAUCCCGAG